CAAAAUAAAUGCCUAGGUUAGCGUGGGGUUUCUGUCCAGACCGGCUGCACCAUGUCGAAGGUUUCCUUUAAGAUCACACUGACGUCGGACCCACAGCUGCCGUACAAAGUACUCAGUGUUCCCGAAACUACACCUUUUACAGCAGUCUUAAAGUUUGCAGCAGCAGAAUUUAAAGUUCCUGCAGCAACAGGUGCAGUUAUUACCAAUGAUGGAAUAGGAAUAAAUCCUGCACAGACUGCUGGAAAUGUUUUUCUAAAGCACGGUUCAGAACUGUGAAUAAUUCCUAGAGAUUGUGUUGGAAGUUGUUAAUAUCUGCUGCUUGGAACAUAAAAUCCCCUUCCAGAAUAAAUAUUGGUAUUUUUAUUGUUGUAAAA